GAGGGACAUGAUAUCAUGCUGGGGUGAAGACGGAGGAUGAAUUGGCGGCGCGGAUGAAUUUGAGCUGACGGAAGGAGGCGUUCUAAGAGGAGAGGAAAAGGAAAGAUGACCACUGUUCCCAUGAUGCACGGAGAGAUGACUACAUUUCCCAUGAUGCGCCGGGAAAGGGGCGUAGGGAAAAAAAAGACUGCAUGUCCCGCGAUGCUCUCGGCGGGGCCGUGGCGGAGAUUGAACCUGAAGACGCUUUCUGGGCUUGAGAAGUCGAGGAACUGCUACUUACCAGCGAAAAGUCCAGCAUGAAACUGUAUUGCCUGUCAGGGCACCCAACCUUACCAUGCAACGUGCUCAAAUUCAAAUCAACCACCAUUAUGUUGGACUGUGGACUGGACAUGACUUCCACCCUCAACUUCCUUCCUUUGCCACUUGUUCAAAGUCCCAGACUGUCCAAUCUUCCUGGCUGGUCCCUAAAGGAUGGAAACGCUUUCUUGGACAAGGAGCUAAAGGAGUGCUCAGGUCAUGUAUUUGUGGAUUCUGUACCCGAAUUCUGCCUACCAGAGACCGAGCUAAUAGAUCUGUCUACAGUGGAUGUGAUCCUCAUCUCUAACUAUCACUGCAUGAUGGCCCUGCCCUACAUCACCGAGCACACAGGGUUCACGGGCACGGUCUACGCCACGGAGCCCACCGUUCAGAUCGGCAGGCUUCUCAUGGAAGAGUUGGUGAACUUCAUUGAACGAGUGCCCAAGGCCCAGUCUGCCUCCCUGUGGAAGAACAAGGAUAUUCAGCGGCUCCUGCCUUCUCCUCUCAAGGAUGCAGUAGAAGUCUCAACCUGGAGAAGAUGCUACACUAUGCAGGAGGUGAACUCUGCCCUCAGUAAGAUCCAGCUGGUGGGAUAUUCUCAGAAAAUUGAGCUUUUCGGCGCGGUCCAGGUGACUCCUCUAAGCUCUGGCUAUGCCCUUGGAAGCUCCAACUGGAUCAUCCAGUCCCAUUAUGAGAAAGUGUCUUAUGUCUCUGGAUCCUCCUUGCUUACCACGCACCCACAGCCCAUGGACCAAGCAUCUCUCAAAAACAGCGAUGUUCUCAUCCUGACGGGCCUUACCCAGAUUCCCACCGCAAACCCUGAUAGCAUGGUGGGUGAGUUCUGCAGCAACCUAGCACUGACAGUUCGGAAUGGAGGAAACGUGUUGGUGCCCUGCUACCCUUCGGGAGUGAUCUACGACCUCCUGGAGUGCCUGUACCAGUACAUCGACUCGGCCGGCCUCUCCAGCAUCCCCUUCUACUUCAUCUCCCCGGUGGCUAACAGUUCACUGGAGUUUUCACAGAUUUUUGCCGAGUGGCUUUGUCACAACAAACAGACUAAGGUGUACCUCCCAGAACCGCCUUUUCCUCAUGCUGAGCUCAUUCAGACCAACAAGCUGAAGCACUACCCCAGCAUCCAUGGAGACUUCAGCAACGACUUCAGGCAGCCCUGCGUGGUCUUCACUGGACACCCUUCCCUCCGGUUCGGGGACGUGGUCCAUUUCAUGGAGCUCUGGGGAAAGUCGAGUCUCAACACGGUCAUCUUCACAG